UUUUUUUUUUUUUUUUAUGAGGAGACGGAUCGCAGGAAACGUCCAAGACUGGCUUCGCUCGUAGUUCCCGUUAUGUGAAGUCGACCGAUCCUGUAAGAUGCGCGGAAGACACGGAGACUCUGAAUGCACGGGAAUACACCGGGUUGUGAUAAAGUCUAAUUUGUUGGCAGAAAUUGUAUGUGCAGUGGUUUAUCUGGCGAUAGCGUGCGGCUUUUCUCAAGCUGUGUCGGAGUUGAACAGUGACAGUCUACUUAGGAUGUCUUGUCGUGGGAAAUUGUGUUGACGUGCCCGUGGAUGGAGUGCGCUCGCUCGCUGUUACGCAGGUGAUGAUGAGACAGUGUGCUGCCUUGGUUGGUGAAGACCAGCCCCUUUGCCCUGACCUGCCUGAGCUUGACCUCUCUGAGCUGGAUGUCAGUGACCUCGAUGCAGAUAGUUUUCUGGGAGGACUCAAGUGGUACAGCGACCAAUCAGAAAUCAUUUCCAGUCAGUAUGGCAAUGAAGCAUCGAACUUGUUUGAGAAAAUAGAUGAGGAAAAUGAGGCCAACUUGCUGGCAGUGCUCACAGAAACCCUGGACAGUAUCCCAGUGGACGAAGACGGGUUGCCUUCGUUCGAGGCCCUGGCAGAUGGGGACGUGACCAAUGCCAGUGAUCAGAGCUGUCCCUCAACCCCAGACGGCUCGCCACGCACCCCAGAGCCAGAGGAGCCUUCCUUGCUGAAGAAGCUCCUCCUGGCUCCUGCUAACUCCCAGCUCAGCUAUAAUCAAUACCCAGGUGGCAAGGCACAGAACCAUGCAGCCAGCAACCAACGGAUCAGACCAACACCUGCUGUUGCCAAGGUAGCUGCUCGCUGCACUUCUUGCAUCAAAGGCCUGACAGAAAACCCCUGGAAUAGCAAACCACGAGGGUCCUGUCCCAACCGGUCCAUGAGACGCCCUUGCACUGAGCUGCUCAAGUACCUCACCUCUAGCGACGAGGCCUUCCAGACCAAAGCCAGGGAAGCCAAGAGCACCUGGACAGGUUGCAGCAAGGACAGGGGAGGGGCUUGCACGUCGUCCUGCUCAUCUUCUUCCUCUCCAUCGUCCUCGUCCACCUCCUCUUUCUCCUCCUUGUCGUCCUGCUCCUCUUCCACUGCCUCCAAAAAGAAGACGACCUCUGCCUCCCCAUCAUCACAGCAGCAGCAGCAGCUGGCAGUGCAGGCCCAGCGAGCCAAACCAACCAUCUUGCCACUUCCUUUGACCCCAGAGUCUCCAAAUGACCACAAGGGAUCUCCGUUUGAGAACAAAACCACUGAACGCACAUUGAGUGUGGAGAUCUGUGGAACCCCAGGUCUGACACCACCUACCACGCCUCCUCACAAAGCCAGUCAAGAGAACCCUUUCAAAGUAUCACUCAAAAACAAGCUGUCUUCAUGCUCUCCCUUGGCCCUGACAAGCAAAAGGCCCAGGCUGAGCAGUGGGGGCUCUUGCCCUCAGCCAACCAGCGGCUCUAUUCGGAAGGGCCCAGAGCAGACUGAGCUCUAUGCCCAGUUGAGCAAGGCCUCCUCUACAAUGCGCCUAGGGGGCUUGGAGGAGCGUCGGGGCAAGCGGCCCAUGCCCCGCGUCUUUGGCGAUCAUGACUAUUGCCAGUCUACAAGCACAAAACGAGACAGUACCACCAUAGCUGCAGCGGUAACUGGGCCAAUGGAGGGCCGGCAUGUGGAAUGUAAAGACUCGAACAUGCCGACCUCCUCUACUUCUACAUCUUCAUUGUCUUCUGCCUUCCCUUCAUCUUUCUCCCUGGCCAGGCAGCUUCAGAGCCUUUCCUCCAAAGCUCAGGAGGCUUGUCCGGACACGGAUGCUCACGGACAGGACCGCGACUCCACUUUGGACUCCAAAACGUCUACAGAUGGCAGUUCUGCUGGCAGGAAACUACUUAGGGACCAGGAGAUCCGCAAAGAGCUCAACAAGCACUUUGGAAAGCCUCAACAAGCCUUCUAUAGCGGGGUAGUGGGAGAGCAGAGGGGCAUCCGGCCUCUCGAGGACAGUGACUCUGGGGACGAGUACCCUGGUCUUCUUGAUGAUUACAUACACCCAGGCCUGCCUGAUUUUGAGGACCUGGAGGUAGGCCGGGAGCGCCUGCUCUACUUGGGGGAAGGUUCUCCACUAGAGCUGCUCCUCGAAGGGUCGCCCUCCAGCUCCCCUUCCAGCAGUUCAUUCUCAUGGAGCUCCGUCUCACCUCCUUCCACUCAGCUCUCCCCACAGCACCUCCGCUGGCCACGCUCAAUCUCCCGCUCCCAUUCCUCAUCUCAUCACAGACGCAGAUCCCUCUCCAGGUCUCCAUACUCCCGCUCCGAGUCUCCAGACAGCAGUUCUCCGUCUUGGUCUCCUCACAAUUUGGGCGAUAGCACUUUUAUUCCCAGGAUUUAUAGAAGCCCUCAGUCCCAGGCUCAUUCUAGUUUUGGUCAGAGACCCAGGUAUGACAGCUAUGAGGAAUACCAGCAUGAGCGUCUGAAACGGGAAGAGUACCGACGUGACUAUGAGAAACGAGAAUGUGAGAGGGCUGAACAGAGGGAGAGACAAAGGCAAAAAGCAAUAGAGGAGAGGCGAGUGGUGUAUGUGGGACGUCUUCGCACCGACAGCACACGCACAGAGCUCAAACGCCGCUUUGAAGUCUUCGGCGAGAUUGAGGAGUGCACAGUCAACUUGAGACAUGACGGAGAUAACUUUGGCUUCAUCACCUACCGCUACACUUGUGAUGCGCUCGCUGCCCUUGAGAAUGGACACACCUUGUGCAGGUCAAAUGAGCCUCACUUUGAGCUCUGCCUUGGUGGACAAAAGCAGUACAGUAAAUCAAAUUAUACAGACUUAGAUUCCCAUUCUGACGACUUUGAUCCAGCCUCCACUAAAAGCAAGUAUGACUCCAUGGAUUUUGACAGCUUGUUGCAAGAGGCCCAGUAUAGCCUGAGAAGGUAAUGAGCUGCACCAGCUGGCUGCAAAGAGAGGGAUUUGCAAUACCUCACUGUUGUUUCUGUUCUUUGAAUACAAGACUACAAAACGUUUUACACUUUAUCAAAGUGGAAAGAGUAUAUGUGGAUGAAAAAGCUCUACGUAUAUGAAGGGAUAUAUAUGUAUAUCUGCAAGCAAAGUUUACAUGAACCUAGCUGCUGCAAUGCUGGGGAGAGACUCUACCUGUGGGAAUAGCCAGUGAAGUAGCGGACACUACUUUAGUGGACUACACAGAUCCGUGUGCCGCGUAAGGCUCUGGAAGAGACACGAAUCUUCGUCAGAGUUUGCUCCACACGCCGCAUCAACCUCGGCACUUUUGAGAGGUGAAGAGUGCAGCUCGUUCAGUCUGUUUUUAUUGUUUGGAGUUUAUUUUUGUGGGCUUUUUCUGUUCCUUUUCCAAUCUUGAAUC